AACCUGUCUUGCACACGCUCCUUUUUCUGUAAUAAUUAAUUUUUUAUUAUUUUUCCACAGCUCAGGCAUCAUUCAGAGUCAGAGUCAGAAGCUAAUUAGCUUGAAGCCAAGCAACGUACAGCUCUCAAAUAAAAAUACUUAAUCCUAUCUUCUCAAGAGCAUAUUUCUGAGAGCUGAUUUCUUCAAAUAUAAUUGCAAUGAGAAUAAUUCAGAAAUAUUCUCAAUGGAUGUUUCUUCUCCUUUUCUUUGGAUUUGUGGCACUGGCAGCCAUACUAUUUUUUCAUGGUCAGCUUUUUACAGAGAGUCGUGUUUUGGAUGCCAUAAACUGGGAGGAGCGGGUUGAAAAGGUGAAGUCUGUUUGUGACAGUAUGCCUGUUUUUCUGCCCUCUCCCCCUCAGCUUCAACAAACGAAUUUGAAUGAAUCUUUGGAUGAAAGUGCUCUGAAUGUGUUUGGAAAAGAAUUAGUGCUAAAUAUUGUCAGAAUACCAGCUUUGAACCUAGACUGGUGUUUAGUUCCCAAGGUUGCUUCUUCCUCCCUAUCUAAACUAUUCCUACCCUAUCUACCUGCCACCAAGGACACUGAUGCUUCUUAUGUACAGAUGGAGUUAUGGCAGAGAGCUGGACAUUUAUCUCUUAAACAGUUUUAUUCUAGUAAAAAUAUUAGAUUUUUGAUUUCCCGGCAUCCAUUCGCUCGGCUCAUUUCAGCUUACCGGAAUAAACUUGAGAAUAGAACUAGAAAUGAAUACUUUUUUAAUCAAUAUUCAAAACAAAUAAUCAAACUAAGUCGUGGGACAGUUGAAGACAAUUCUUCUGAACCUACUUUUCCGGAGUUUGUCAAAUUUCUCUUGAACACUGAUAUUACUGUUGAUGAUGAACACUGGCAACCCAUCUCUCUAAGAUGCAGGUUAUGUCAGCUGGAAUUUACCCAUAUACUGAGAUAUGAGGACUUAUCUACUGAUUGGGAGUUCUUUAAACAAGAACUCAAUCUUCCCUCCUCUAUAGUUCUACCCUGGGACAAUAGAGGAAACCAAGGAAUUCAAUCAGAGUACUUAAAGCUUAUUUCAAGGGAAGAUUUGGAAAAGCUUAGGAAAAGAUAUGAGUCUGAUUUUCUGAUGUUUGGAUACAACAUAGAAGAAUUUUAAGCUUUAAUACAUUAUUUUAUAAAUAAAUUUAAAGUAUUCACAUUAUUUAUGAAGUAAAAAUCUAUAAUAAAUAUUUACUAAACUA